AUGGAAGGAGGCGAAAGAUCCGUACAAUUUAUUUAUGGAAGAUCAGCGGUUACUCUUAAAUGAGACUCUUCCCAAAUUUCUGAAGACAUGGCAAUGGACACUAUUGAUAAUCUCGGGAAAAGGUUUCUAUCACAUUUUCAAGGCUCUAUCUUGCAUUUUAAAGUAAUAAACAAUAAGGAUCAAGAAGGAAAUAUCACAAGUAUUGCUGGGAUUGUAAUGAAUUUGGUAUCUCCUAUAUUUGUGGUAGUUGACGAUGCUGCAAAGCAUCAGUAUGAUUUUGAUAAAGUAGGCGAUAAGUAGAUCAAAGCAAUGAAAGAUCGGAAAUUUGUAAAGCACGAGUGCUAUAGGGUUAGAGAAGAUGGAGCUUGUGUUACUGAUCAAGAUAUUCUGAGGAGGUCUACCGAUAGUGAUUUAGCUUCUUCUGCAUCAAGUCCCUCGAUAGUUGCUGAGCAGCAGUCAGAAAAAGAACCCAAAACAGUAGGGCGAAAUGAAGUCGCGAAACACAAUAAAAAGCAAGAUUGCUGGACUAUUUUGAAUGGAAAAGUAUACAAUAUUACAAGUUUCAUUUCCUCUCAUCCUGGAGGAGAUAUAAUAAUGCAGUGUGCAGGAACGGAUGGAACACAAUUAUUUAACAGGUAUCAUGGAUACUUGAAUCCUGAUGACCAUGUUGGAAGAAGUCUUGUUGGAAAUUUGUCACAAAAGUAG